AUGGUUUAUAUGCUUUUAACGUUUUGUAUAAUGCUUGCUUCGUGCAUUGCGGUACGCUACGUAUACCUUUUUGCUAUUUUAAUAACGUUUUUUUUUUUUAAUAACUUUUUUUAUUAUUGCGUAAUUAAUUCCCAAACGCUUUGGUUAAUAAAUGGUCGUAGCAAAAGGGGAAUUUUAUUGUUCGUUAGGGAUUUAGCAAAUUUUUUAUCGAUUUUUUUCCAAUUCCAGCCUUUUAAAGCUACUCCGUUAAACCAAUUAAUUUGGAAGCUUUCGCGUGCAUUGGUGCGUUUUUUGGGCGCUUUAACAUUUAUGCUUUAUAAUAAAGGUUAA